CGGAAAAAAAAAAAAAAAAUUAAAAAAGCUUUUCUUUUUACGCAACUAAGUCAAUUUUUGAUUUAAAUCUGAUAAAAUGCCUCUUCAAAGCCAAGCAUAGGUUCUGACUUUCCUUUUUCUGAAUCUUUAUACUUUCUUUAAUUUGUUGUUGAACUUCUUAGAUUGGGACACUGAACGACAGUUGUUCUCAGCAGAUAUAAACGAUCUGUAAUGCCUAAAGAAAAGUCAAAGAAGCAUCAUCAUCGUCGUCAUCAUCAUCAUCGAAAAAAAGAUAAGCAGCUUAAAAGGUCCGUUGAUAGUGAGGAUGAUAUAGAUAUUCUUGAUCAAUUAAAAAAAUUAGCCAAAGAGCAUAAUGCAAAAGAAGAAAAGAUGGUUAAGAAUACAUCUAGAACGAGUGCUCACCCUCGACAUCACAAAGGCGAUCGUCGUGAAGAGGUCAUGACUCCAAUGACUAAAGAGGACUAUGAGAAACAGCGAUCUAUUAUAAGAACAGAGUUGGAUCCACAAACUGGACGUAUGAGGCGGGUAAGAGCCACUGGCGAAAUCUUAGAGUCUAUUGUUAGUAAAGAAGAACAUCACCGAAUCAAUAAAUUAUCAACGAUGAACGAUGGUUUAUCCUACAGCCGCACAAUUAUCAAAAAGUCGAUGGAAUGAGUUUCAACUUUCUUGAGCGAUCUUUGAGGGCAUUAUAUUACUGAACCUUGCACGAAAAUGUAAAUCCAACUUUUUCAGAAAGCCCGAAUCAUUUGAUAUUGCUAUUUUAUAACACAAUAAUCAUUAUUCCAUCUGAUUAUGCCUCAAUGAAUAAAUCAAAAUUUCUGUUCUGAAAACAAAUGAUUUCAGAAAUGCACAAAGUUAGUUUAGAGCUCCAGUAAAGCCGUGCAAAUCAAAAUACACAAUGUUAGUUCUUUUCUGCAGAUCUUUUCAAUACUUUAUCCAUGUAUAACGAAUGCGCGCAACAAGUUCCACGACUGUGCGG